CGAACCGUCUCCAGUGAGUUCUCCAUUUUGCGGGAACAGAGCAGAAGGAGAAAAAAGUUAAAUAAACACCAGGAAGAAGAAGAAGAAACGUUGAGGAGCAGGUGUUUAGCUCUGGAUCUGUGGCUUUUUCAGAAGAUGAGUGUUUAUGUGGAGGAAGAGGACAGAACAGAGUCUCCAGGAUCCAGAUGUGUGAUUAUGAAGAAUGACAGAUGUGAGCCUCCAUCAUUCAGUCCUGAACCUGGAGCCUCAGACACAAAAGUCCAGAACCAAAGACAAAGAGCAGAACCUCCAGGACUCAGCUGUCUGUCUAUGAAGAGUGAUCGGUCCAAAGAUGAGCCUAUUAACUUCAGUAAUGAACCUGGAGCCUCAGACACAAAGUCCCAUCAGAGACAAAGAUAUGAUGGACCUGGACCCAGCUGUGUGUCCUUCAAGAGCGACCGGUCGAAGGAUGCUGAUAAUAAUUUCAAUGACCAACCUGUUUCACAGUCACAAGUGGACCAGCAGAUCUCAGAGGUUCCCAGUGCUCAGUCUGUCCAGCAGCACCAAACACACCUGGACUCCAUAUUUAUGCUGCUGGAGGAAAACAUUGUCAUGUUUGUGAAGAAGGAGCUGAAGCAGAUGCAGAAGGUCCUGAAUCCAGAUUACCCAGAAUGCUUAGAGAGUCAGAGGGAGGAUGAAGAGGAGUUGGAUGGUGAUGAUGAAGAGCAGAGGAGUAGCAGCAGAGACGCGUUUCUGAAGAUCACAGUGAACUUCCUGAGGAGGAUGAAGCAGGAGGAGCUGGCUGACUGUCUGCAGAGCAGAUCUUCUGCUGCAGUUUGUCAGGAUCAACUUAAAUCUCACCUGAAGCAGAAGUUCCAGUGUGUCUUUGAAGGCAUCGCUAAAGCAGGAAAGCCAACCCUUCUGAACCAGAUCUACACAGAGCUCUACAUCACAGAGGGAGGGACUGGAGAGGUCAACGAUGAACAUGAGGUCAGACAGAUUGAAACAGCCUCCAGGAAACCAGACAGAGCAGAAACAAGCAUCAGACCAGAAGACGUCUUUAAAGGCUCAGCUGGAAGAGCUGGAGCCAUCAGAACAGUGAUGACAAAGGGAGUGGCUGGCAUUGGGAAAACAGUCCUAACACAGAAGUUCACUCUGGACUGGGCUGAAGGCAAAGCCAACCAGGACAUACACUUCACAUUUCCAUUUACAUUCAGAGAGCUGAAUGUGCUGAAAGAGCAAAAGUUCAGCUUGGUGGAACUUGUUCAUCACUUCUUCACUGAAACCAAAGCAGCAAGAAUCUGCAGGUUUGAACACUUCCAGGUUGUUUUCAUCUUAGAUGGUCUGGAUGAGCGUCGACUUCCCCUGGACUUCAACAAGACUAAAACCCUGACUGAUGUCACAGAAUCCACCUCAGUGGAUGUGCUGCUGACAAACCUGAUCAGGGGGAACCUGCUUCCCUCUGCUCGCCUCUGGAUCACCACACGACCUGCAGCAGCCAAUCAGAUCCCUCCUGGGUGUGUUGCCAUGGUGACAGAGGUCAGAGGGUUCACUGACCCACAGAAGGAGGAGUACUUCAGGAAGAGGUUCAGAAAUGAGCAGCAGGCCACAACAAUCAUGUCCCACAUCAAGACGUCACGAAGCCUCCACAUCAUGUGCCACAUCCCAGUCUUCUGCUGGAUCACUGCUACGGUUCUGGAGGAUCUGCUGGAAACCAGAGAGGGAGGAGAGCUGCCCAAGACCCUGACGGAGAUGUACAUCCACUUCCUGGUGGUUCAGACCAAAGUGAAGAACAUCAAGUAUGAUGGAGGAGCUGAGACAGAUCCACUCUGGAAUAAAAAGAGCAAGAAAAUGAUUAAGUCUCUGGGAAAACUGGCUUUUGAGCAGCUGCAGAAAGGAAACCUGAUCUUCUAUGAGUCAGACCUGACAGAGUGUGGCAUCGAUGUCAGAGCAGCCUCAGUUUAUUCAGGGGUGUUCACACAGGUGUUUAAAGAGGAAAAAGGGCUGUAUCAGGACAAGGUGUUCUGCUUCAUCCAUCUGAGUGUUCAGGAGUUUCUGGCUGCUCUUCAUGUCCAUCUGACCUUCAUCAACUCUGGAGUCAACCUGCUGUCACAAAUAUCCUGGUUUAAAUAUUUUAUGAUGAAACAUAGAACUUCACAGUUCUACCGUGGUGCUGUGGACAAGGCUUUAGAGAGUCCAAAUGGACACCUGGAUCUGGUCCUCCGCUUCCUCCUGGGAUUUUCUCUUGAGAAAAACCAGUCAUUCUUACAAGGUUUGAUGACACGAAUGAGAAGUAAUUUACAAACCAAUCAGGACACAGUUCAGUACAUCAAGAAGAAAAUCACAGAGUUUCCUUCUGCAGAGAAAAGCAUCAACCUCUUCCACUGUCUGAAUGAGCUGAAUGAUUGUUCUCUAGUAGAGAAGAUCCAAGACUAUCUGAAAUCAGGAAGUCUCUCCACAGAUAAACUGUCUCCUGCCCAGUGGUCAGCUCUGGUUUUCAUCUUAUUGUCUUCAGCAAAUGAUCUUGAAGUAUUUGAGCUGAAUAAAUUCUUUGCUUCAGAGGAGGCUCUUCUGAGGUUGCUGCCUGUGGUCAAAGCUUCCAACACAGCACUACUGAGUCGCUGUAACCUGUCAGAGAGAAGCUGUGGAGCUCUGUCCUCAGUUCUCAGCUCUCAGUCCUCUAGUCUGAGAGAACUGGACCUGAGUAACAACAACCUGCAGGAUUCAGGAGUGAAGCUACUGUCUGCUGGACUGAAGAGUCCUCACUGUCGACUGGAGACUCUCAGACUGAGUGUGUGUGACCUGUCAGAGAGAAGCUGUGAAGCUCUGUCCUCAGUUCUCAGCUCUCAGUCCUCUAGUCUGAGAGAACUGGACCUGAGUAACAACAACCUGCAGAAUUCAGGAGUGAAGCUACUGUCUGUUGGACUGAAGAGUCCUCACUGUCGACUGGAGACUCUCAGGCUGUCAGGCUGUCUGCUCUCAGAGGAAGCUUGUGUCUCUCUGGCCUCAGCUCUGAGCUCCAACCCCUCCCAUCUGAGAGAGCUGGACCUGAGCUACAAUCAUCCAGGAGACUCAGGAGUGGAGCUGCUGUCUGCUGGAGUCAAGGAUCCACACUGGAGACUGGACACUCUCAGGGUGGAGCCUGGUGGAGUCCGAUGGUUGACACCAGGUCUGAGCAAGUAUUUCUGUCAACUCACUAUCGACACAAACACAGUGAACAGAUACUUACAACUGUGUGACAACAACAGGAAGGUGACACGUGUGGAGGAGGAUCAGUCAUAUCCUGAUCAUCCAGACAGAUUUGACUGGCCUCAGCUGCUGUGUAGUAAUGGUCUGACUGGUUGCUGUUACUGGGAGGUUGAGUGGAGAGGAAGAGUUCAUAUAUCAUUGAGUUACAGAGGAAUCAGAAGGAAAGGACGCAGUAAAGACUGUUGGUUUGGAUUCAACGAUCAGUCCUGGAGUCUGAGCUGCUCUGAUGAUGGUUACUAUGUCAGACACAAUAACAUAGUAACAUUCAUCUCCUCCUCUGUGUCUGACAGAGUAUCAGUGUAUGUGGACUGUCCUGCUGGUUCUCUGUCCUUCUACAGAGUCUCCUCUGACAAACUGAUCCACCUUCACACCUUCAACACCACAUUCACUGAACCUCUUUAUCCUGGGUUUGGGUUCUUGUAUCCUGGUUCCUCAGUGUCUCUGUGUGAUGUGUCCUAGUGAGAGUUUGAUCCUGUCAGAGAAACGUUGUCACUGUGGAACAUAGUU